CUUACACCAUUGUAUAACAUCAACUCCAACACUUUUUCCUUUAAUCUUUCCCUUCACUUUAAUCCAUGGAGAUUUUAACCUUCUUCAACAAAGGUUUCGCUUACACUUCCAUUUGCUUCCUUUUCCUUCCAUUUCUCCUCCCCGUAAUAUCCCACGAUGGUACCGAUAUCGGCCCGAUAGGCUCACCGGCACUGCCAUUGGGUGUCUCGACGCAACGGUUGAUGUUCAAAGACCGGAGGCUUGCUGUUGUUUACCCUGUAAUCCAGGCAUUCAAGAGAACGAUCACCGAAGAUCCACUUAACAGGACGGGGAAUUGGGUCGGGUCGGAUAUAUGCAGCUACACGGGCUUUUACUGUGAUAACCCACCAGACAAUGAAUCAGCCGUUGCUGUCGCCGGCAUUGACUUCAACGGGUUUCUGUUAGCUGCUCCGACACUGGAAGGUUUCGUCGACAACCUCCCCGACCUCGCUAUCUUCCAUGCAAACUCAAACAGGUUCUUCGGUUCCGUACCGGACGUCUCCAAGCUCAGAUAUUUCUACGAGUUGGACAUAAGCAACAACGGCUUCACCGGAACAUUCCCGACGACGGUCAUCGGAAUAAAAGACUUAUCGGUCUUGGACAUCCGUUUUAACUCCUUCGCCGGGGAAGUUCCGCCUGAGAUUUUCAACCAAGCACUCGAAGUCCUCUUCAUCAACGACAACGAUUUCACCGCCAAACUACCGGAGAACUUCGGUUCGACGCCAGUUCUCUACCUCACCUUGGCGAACAACCGUUUAACCGGUCCGAUCCCGCAAAGCAUACGCAACCUCAACUCGACAUUAGUCGAGGUUUUACUGCUGAACAACAAGUUAUCAGGUUGUCUCCCUUACGAACUAGGGUUUUUGAAAGAACUUAGAGUCUUCGACGUCGAAAUAAAUCUGUUAACCGGUCCAUUGCCGAUCUCCUUGUCGUGCUUGGAGAAAAUCGAGCUGCUCAACUUUGCUAAUAAUCUGCUCUACUGGGAAGUGCCUGAGGAACUGUGUGCGCUUCCAAACUUGGUGAACUUGUCGUUGUCGGACAAUUUUUUCACCCAAGUAGGUCCGGUUUGCAGAAAGCUGAUAAAAAAUGGUGUUCUUGACGUGAGACAGAACUGUAUCCCCGGUCUUCCCGACCAAAAAUCACCACAAGAAUGUGUUGAGUUCUACGUGAAGUACAUUAGGUUGUGUCCGGACCCUGAGUCGUAUAAAAUCAUCCCUUGCAGGGAUAAUGCUCCAAGGAACCAUCAUUUGGAAGGGUCCAAUACCAAGAAAGCUCCCGUUACUUACAAAACUCUUUCAAGACACAAGUUUUAAGGUUU